AACAAAAUGCUCACUUCACCAAAAAAAAAAAAAGAAGUCUGCUCUCGUUCAUUGAGUCAGUCACUGAGCAAUGGAACUGACAGAAGAACAACGGAAACAAAUCGAAGCGAAUCGACUCGCCGCAAUCGCAAAACGAAAAGCAUUCUUAGAAUCCAAUCCCCAUCAACAACAACAACAACAACGAAACCCAUGGAACCUUUUCAAAUGCCAGAAAAUUUCUCAACCUAAACCUCAACCCGAUUUCAAAUUCCUCGCGAGACUCGAAAUUUGUUCUCAUGAUUCUUUCACCAUUACUCCUCUUCCGAUACCGUAUUUCGCUUUUCCUAGCUUCGAUGUUUGUUUCGGCAUUCUCAAUAACAUUCUCGCACAAAUGAAUGUGGAUCCAUCACAUUUUACUCAAACAAGUGCGGGUGGGAAAGCCUGUGUGUUUAAAUUGGCAGACUACUGUAGCAUUUUGAAGUUGUUAAAGGCGGAGAUUAAGGUUGAGGAGAUUCCUUGGAGCACUUUCAAUGUUGUUGAGAAGCUUUCACAUUUGGAAGGGAGGUGGACUCCGGUGAGGCCGGAACACUUGAACGAUGAUGAGGUUGAUGGUUUGAUCGGAAAGUUGCCUAAGAGUUUACUUGAUGUAUUGUUGCCGUUUCAAAUGGAUGGUUUAAAGUUUGCACUUAGAAGAGGUGGUCGAUGUCUCAUUGCUGAUGAAAUGGGACUUGGGAAGACACUUCAGGCUAUAGCUAUUGCGGGAUGUUUCAUCGAUGAAGGAUCUAUACUUGUUGUCUGCCCUGCUGUUUUGCGGUAUUCAUGGGCUGAAGAAAUUGAGCGGUGGCUUCCUUUCUGCUUGCCUGCCGAUAUUCACCUCGUUUUUGGCCAUCAAGACAAUCCUGUAAAUCUAACAAGAUGCCCUAGAAUUGUGGUCAUUUCUUAUACCAUGCUUCAUCGUCUAAGGAAGAGCAUGCUUGAGCGUAAGUGGGCUCUUCUGAUUGUUGAUGAAUCUCAUCAUGUACGUCCUACAAAGAAAACCUCAGAACCAGGAGAGAUAAAGGCUGUUCUUGAUGUGGCUUCAGAAGUCAAGCGUAUAGUUCUGCUGUCAGGGACACCUUCUUUGUCAAGACCGUUCGACAUAUUUCAUCAGAUAAAUAUGUUAUGGCCAGGUUUGUUGGGGACAACAAAAUAUGAGUUUGCAAAAACUUAUUGUGAUCUCAAAUAUAUCAAGGGUGUCCAAGGAAAAUAUUUUGCGGAUUAUUCAAAGGGCAUUCGCUUGGAGGAGUUGAACGUGUUACUAAAGCAAACUGUUAUGAUAAGGCGGCUCAAGGAACAUGUGUUGCAACAGUUACCUCCAAAACGCCGGCAAAUUAUAAGACUGUUGCUGAAGAGGUCAGAUAUAGUUGCUGCAAAAACUGCAGUUGGGGUAUUGAAGAUUGAUUCCUCUGAAAAUGCUAGUGAAGAUAUGCCUUUGGACAGUUUGGAUGAACAUGAUGUUUCCGCAAAAACUGCAGUUGGGGUAUUGAAGAUUGAUACCUCUGAAAAUGCUAGUGAAGAUAUGCCUUUGGACAGUUUGGAUGAACAUGAUGUUGUCUCAAAAACUGCAGUUGGGGUAUUGAAGAUUGAUGCCUCUGAAAAUGCUAGUGAAGAUAUACCUCUGGACAGUUUGGAUGAACAUGAUGGAAAGCUUACUUAUCAAGAGCUUGGAAUUGCAAAACUAUCUGGGUUUCGUGAAUGGCUUUCAUUCCAUCCACUUAUUGCAGGAUCAGAGAAUGCUUCAAAGAUGAUAAUUUUUGCUCAUCACCACAAGGUUCUUGACGGAGUACAGGAGUUUAUAUGUGAGAAAGGAGUAGGUUUUGUGCGAAUAGAUGGACAUACGCUACCUAGAGAUAGACAAUCCGCAGUAACCUCAUUUCGAUCAUCGCCGGAGAUUAAAAUUGCGAUAAUAGGUGUUCUAGCAGCAGGUUUUGGACUUGAUUUCUCGGCAGCACAAGAUGUUGUGUUCUUGGAGCUACCUCAGAGCCCAACAGUGAUGCUUCAGGCUGAGGACAGAGCUCAUCGACGAGGGCAAACAAAUGCAGUUAACAUAUACAUAUUCUAUGCAAAGGAUACUUGGGAUGAAUCACAUUGGAAAUAUUUGAACACAAGUUUGCAUCGUGUUUCAUCUACAACUGAUGGCAAAUAUGAUGCGGUGAAAGGGCUAGAGGUUGAACGUGUUUCUUUUCUAAACCCAUCCUCAAAUAUUGAUAGAUCCGAAGAACAAUCUGCAUCUGAAGAUGCAUCAAUUGAAACACAGUUGGAUAGGCAACCCUCUGCAGUGAAAUCAAAUGAAACAGAAGCAAACCAAGAUGAUGAAUUUGGUCUUGUAAACAAUAUAAGUCAGAGUGCUAAUAUUAUGGUUGAUAGUGCUUCCUGCAUAGAUUUAGGUCAGGCUUCAGUUUUGGAUGGAAAUCUUGAUGCAGAUGUUUUUUAUGCUGGGGAUAGAUGUUCUGAAGAGAGUUUAGAGAACAAUGAUAACAUAAUAGAGGAUAAGAAAUCAACUUCAACAACAGAUGCAGAUGACAACCAGCCCACUCAUCCUGUUGAAGCCGAAGAACAUUGUUCUCAUCAAGUUAAUUCUCUGCGGUUUGAGGUUAGCCCGUACACAGGAAGGAUACACCUCUAUACGUGUAUUUUGGGUAAAGAUGCAAGACCACAGCCACUUUAUGAAAAUUUUCGACCAGAGGACCUUGAGUUGCUGAGUCCUGCUGAUGCUGAUGCUGAUGAGAAACGGUGUAUAGAGUCUGCAUCUGUCAAGGAUAACCCUGCUUAUAGGAAUGCUCUUCUGGAUUUUUCAAAUGAGUGGAAGAAUUUAAGGCCAAUUGAACGCAAUAAGUUACUUGGAAAACCAUUACAGCUUCCUUUGGCUGUCGAAUUGUGCUACUUAAGUGAAAGUACUAACCACAACAACAAGGGACUAAUAAAUGGUGGAAGCAAACGGCGCAUGACUCCUUUAGUGGACAUCAGCUAUCCCUUACCAUCAGAUGCUGUUUGGAAAAAGGUUUAUCUUAGAAGUGGCCGUGGUAAGAAGGAAAAAGAAUACACUCAAGGCUGGAGCCUGAAGGAUGAGCCUCUUUGUAAGCUUUGUCAAAAGCAAUGCAUGGGUAACAAUGCCAAGACACCUGAAUAUUUUGAAGAUCUUUUUUGUAACCUUGUCUGCCAUCAAGAGUAUCGCAUGAGAACUAGCAACAGAUUCCUCCGUCAGGAACUUUUCCAAAUUGAGCAAGGUGUUUGCACAAAUUGCCAAUUGGACUGUCAUAAGCUUGUUGUGAAUACAAGACCUUUGUCCCUGGAAAGACGACGAGGGUACAUUGAAAAAGUAGCACCAAAUAUUGCAAAGCGGAAGAAGAUGUUUGAGAAGCUUAUCAAAGAUCCAAUUGAAGGUAAUGCCUGGCAUGCUGAUCACAUUGUUCCAGUAUAUAAAGGCGGAGGUGAAUGCAAACUCGAGAACAUGAGAACUCUUUGUGUGGCCUGCCAUCAUGAUGUUACUGCUGUACAAUGUGCUGAGCGACGCAUUAUAAGAGCAAAUGCCCGUAAACAACUAAAAGUAUUGAUGGAUACCAUGAAAAAUAAUACGAAGGGUGCAGCUGGUAAUAAUAAUAAUGAGGACCUAAUGCUUCACGGGGUGCAAGAAAGUAUGCAUGAGGAUGAUAUUUUAGUCCCGGUUCCUGGAAGUGCCUAUUCACUAGCUAACAGCCAAGAAAGUGGAGAUGCAGCUUGUUAAGGAUCAAGAACCAUUACAGAUGAUCUUCACCAUUCAACCCAAUUUGUUGUAAAAAUAAACUGAUGGGGAACUGGUGCAGGUUCAUCGACCAGCAGAUGACUGUAAUCUGCUUUGAAAUGGUCAUCCAUGAUAUGAUGUACUUGGUAAAAUCAUCCUUGGUGUUCAUCAAUGUCUUGUUGUGAUACAGUGCAGCCUAUCAAUUAAGAUUCCUUGAGGAAAUUCUUUUGAAGAGUGCUGUUUUGUCUAGUUGGAAAGCCAACAGUAGUCAACAUGUGAAAAUAGAGAAAGCCCUUAAGCCUGAGAUUAAGAUAAUCAUGGCACUGUAGUGUUACAGUUUGGGGUCAUACAUGUAUAAACAUGUCAUUGAUUUCAACCAUUAUUGUGUUGUAUUAGGGAAAUGUUGAUCUGAAAUUACAUGACCAAAUUAUUGUCAUGAUUCAUGUUGUGAAUGUGAUGAAUUAUACUGUAGUUUCCAAAUUGAAAUAUGAUAAUAAAAUUGUACGUUUAACAAA